AUGCGUGAUGGGAAAGUUGCCAUAAUUUUCAAAAGGCUGGUUCCUAAUUGCAUCAUGAAAGCCAAAAACGAACGACGCAAACAAUACAUCGGAUCCCAGAUUGACGACUGCAAAGAUCUGUCUGGAAUCUUCUAUUUGUUGCCCUUCCAGAAGGGUUAUCUGGUCAACUGGGACGUCCAGCGCCAGGUCUGGGAGCACACCUUUGGCAAGGACGUGAUGAACCUUGAACCCGAGGACACCAACGCCAUCAUCGCCGAACCCUACUUUGACUUCUCCUCCAUUCAGGAAGCCAUGAACGAAAUCUACUUUGAGGAGUACAACUUCAAAGCCAUCCUCAGAACAAAUGCUGGUACCCUGAGUGCAUUCAAGAACAGACAGGAAGAGCCCAACCAGUUAUGUUGUCUCCUGGUGGAUUGUGGGUACUCCUUCACUCACAUUGCGCCAUAUUACAACGGCAAGAAAGUCGGCAGUGCAAUCAGACGAGUUAAUAUCGGAGGAAAAGUCUUGACCAAUCACCUCAAAGAAAUCAUCUCCUAUCGUCAGCUACACGUCAUGGAUGAAACGUAUGUCAUGAACCAGGUGAAAGAAGAUGUCUGCUAUGUGUCUCUGGACUUCUUUGGUGACAUGAAAAUUGCAAAAUUAAAAGGCCAAGAGAACACAAUUGUCAGAGACUACAUCUUACCAGACUUCUCUCAUUCCAAGAGGGGUUAUCUGAAGCAGGAUGACACCAAGCUAAAACCCCAUGAACAGACAGUUCGGAUGAACAAUGAAAGGUUUGCUGUGCCUGAGAUCCUUUUCCACCCGUCUGAUAUUGGCAUACAAGAAAUGGGUGUCUCUGAGGCAAUAGUGCAUGUCAUCAACAACUGCCCUACGGAUAUGAGGCCACAUCUGUUUAAGAACAUCCUUCUCACGGGUGGCAAUGCCAUGUUCCCUGGCUUCAAAGAAAGAGUGGAGAGUGACGUGCGGUCCAUGGCACCUGCACUGUACGACGUCCGAGUCACCAAACCAGUCAACCCCAUCACACACGCCUGGGAAGGAGGGAAGCUGCUCAGCACGUCCAAGAACUUCUCCUCCUUGAUGGUGACCAGAGACGAAUACAACGAGCACGGGCACAGUAUCUGCUGGGAGAAAUUUGACGUCUGACGGGGGAGUGAGAAAUCCUGCAGGGUGUUUGACAGUUGAAACGCGAGACAUUUUGGGAAUAUGGAAAACGGACCUCAAAUAACCCAAGCAUUGACCAAAUGAGGUGCUCUGUGCUUAACAUGAGCCUAGAUGGACUGCAAGGCUUUGUCCGAAACGGGCGUCUAUAGAGCGGAUGCAUCUGUUGUCAGCAUAUUCCUCCAUUUAGAGACCUAGAAGAAUCAGGCCCAGCCUAAGCCCUGCUGUGGCUAGAACGUACAAGU